UGAUUACUUAACACUACAUAAUUUGUGUCACUAUUGUAACGUCCGCUCUCCAUAAACGCGGGACGUGAAAUUUCUUUUGGGAUGGUUGUGGUGCGGUAAACAUAAUUCAACACAGGAUAUAACGUUUCCUGAUAUUUAUUAAUCCACAUGAAAUUCCCCAAUUUACAAUUUAAUCCUAUGACGUUUCAUCCAUCUUCCACACUAUCGCCGGCGCAUUCAAACUUAACAGUUCACACACAUUUAAACAAAUCUAAGGCUACAUAUUUACAUCCGAACGGCACUCAGGUCCGUUUAGUCUGAAAACUACUGGAGAACUGCGUACGCAAAACGCCCAAGUCUGUUUAUAUCCCCUUAAGGUUAAUUAAUAUGUAUAAAUUGAAGAUGUUGUCAAUUGACCAAUCCUGACCUUUACCCCGAAAUAUGGGCGUCUCUAAACCCUUAUAACGUCAUUUCUAAUUACAGCCCUAGGCACUGAUCCAUGACCACUGGUCCCACGGACAGUGUGCUACCUAAUAACGAGCUACCGUUUGGUUUUGACAUAGACUUCGAGAGAGGGUGUAAACAUGAAAACGGGUUAAUUAACUACUAAUCUAAGGGAAGCAAAUCGAAUAGAUUUGGCUGACUAUAGCGUGUACAUGUACACAGGCUUUCUAUACUAUAGGUAACUUUGAACACACCAAACAUAUUUACUUAGCUAAUAUCCCUAAUGACAACUUUUACAACCAAUCUAUUUCCUAAUUCAGUACACCAUGACACUCGCAACAUAUGCGAGAUAUUAGUGUACAUUAGCAACAAAGAUGUACGCUUGUAUAGAAUGUAUCGGUGUAUAGUUCGAUUAUAACUGCUACAGUAUAUAUACUGACUAUAAUUUGCUGCGAUAAGGCUGUAUCUGAGUACAAAACAACAACAACAAAAUAUUGAUGUUUUUAGUACAAUAAAAUCUGAUAGAUAGUGCUGGAAUGAUUCACACCGGGGUGUGUUGCUACACUAGAACAUGUGCCCAAUUAACACCCGACCGAGUUGUUAACUAAAGGCCGGGUAUCGCACGUAAACUACAGUACAUGUAUACCUAAAAGUGUUUAUAUGUAACGCACCUAUCCUGGUUUACCAGGAUAGUUUAGCACAGUGACAAUGACAUGUCUACUCUUGUAUGAUACGUAUAACCUAGUCCUAUAAGACUUCGAAUAUUAUCGGAUAUUUAUUUAUUUAUUAAAUGAUCAUGAUAUGAGCCUUCGAAGUCUAUAGGACUAACGUAUAACCCACAUCAUGUAAGACUUGACAUUACACUUAUAUACAGGGGUUUCUUGGCCUGACCUGCUCUUAUAUUGGUUAUGUCCCGAAUUUUGCUCCAUUUGUCUGGUGGUCUGUCUCAUUGAUCUCGAACAAAGGACUAUACUAUCACCUUAGAAAAUAUCCUACACUCGAGAUCUACCAGUCUCGACUUUUGUUCUGGUUUAAUUUACUUAAGUAUCCUGCUACAAUUAAUCCUCAACCUGAUGAACUUCAUAGCAAAAGUUCCAAUUUCUUAUUUUUUACGACCACUUGGCAUUAAAAACAAUUUUACAUUAUACUGUCCAUAUUAUUUUAUACAUUUUUCUUCUAAAAGUAUUUAGAUGUCCACCAACCAAUCAAUUUAUAAAUGUUGUGAAUAUUACAUUUUUACAUUUGGUAAAUGCUUGCUAUUUUGUACCUUGUAUAUUUUGUUGUUGCAAUACUUGUGAGCAACAAGCUAAAGCUUACAGUUAAUAAACAUUAUAUCCUUUAUGCAUGCUGUCUCGAGUACAGUACAUAACUACUAUGGUUUAUCACCAAUAAUACAAUUAUAUUCUUGUUUAUCAUAGAAAAUACAAUUACUCUUUCUUCAACAGAAAAUCAACCCUUAUUCGAGGACAGACAUCGAGGAAGCUGAAAAAUGAGUACCAGGAAUUAUGGUGAAGAACAAUUGUACAAUUUGUCAGAUUUGCGACAAGCACAAGUGGAUACACAUUGGGAACCGACAGUUAUCGAUGAUAGUGAUUCGGACGAAGAGGAAACUGAAUCAACUAUGACACAAUCUACGAAUUCUAUGCCUCUCUACGUGAAGAUCGGAUUGUCCGUUAUCGGCGGUGCAGCAGCAGUUGUGGCCACACCAGUUGUAUUAGGUUUUUCAACCGCAGGGAUAGUGACAGGAUCUUUGGCAGCGAUGGCUAUGUCUGUUGCCGCUGUUGCUAAUGGAGGCGGUGUAGCUGCGGGGUCGGUUGUGGCAGUCUGCCAGUCUGUUGGGGCAGCGGGUCUCGGACUCACUGGAGUUGCCACCGUGGGGACAACUGCGGCUGGGGUCACUUAUGGAGGGGUCACUGCGGUGGAGAAACUUACCAAACAAGACUAGUCAUGCUUAACAGCCAAUGCCGAAUUCGGUUGCUUGAAGCGGUAAAAGGACGUAGCAAAUUUUUUUGUGCCAAUUAUGAAAAACUAAGGUAUUGAUUCUUAAAUUAUAUUAUCAUAUGGGCAUAUAUUCGAUCAAUUAACAUAUUUUUUGUUGUUCUAUUGUCAUAAUUUAUACGUUUAACAUAUUGAGGCUUUGAAAGUGUACUUGUGAUCUAGCCUUCGCAUAUAAGAAAAAGAGACGUGUAUAAUCACAUUACUUUGACAUGACAUUGAGAUAUUUGAAUGGUGCAUAUUCGGAACUAUAUCAGUUUGGUAUGCAUCUUUCUACAACACUAAGUGUUGAGCACUUCAAUAUUGUUUUAUUGUGGUUUAGUAUUAAAACAUUCGGUAUCAAAAGUCAAACUAUUGUAAUUUAUUGUCAGAAUCCUUUAAUUUAUAUUAAAUAUUGUUUUGUUGAUCCAGGAAUACACAUUUUUGUGUUAUUUAUAAAUGGUCACAGAGACAAUUGAUGUGGGUUUGACCCAACCAGAAAUCGGUAUGAAAGCGUCCUGGACUGGCCCACCAUCAAUGAACAAUGUUCCAUAUGUGAUCCUGAUGUUGCGUAAAAUGAUUCCUUCUAAGAAUCUGAUAUAUUCUUACUCUUGCUAUUAUUACUGUAUAUCUGGCGAUAUAUUUCGGUAUAUUAAUAUCCGCAGUUGUUUAUGUAAUGGAUUUAAAGGUAAACGAAAUUCAAAACCCAAAAUAUGAAUACCGAUUGUGUCGAAAUAUCAUGAAAUUUUCCUUACAUACGAAUAUGUUCUAUUUUAGAAAAGUUAUUUUGGUUAGGCAAGUUCAUUGUUAUUUUUUUAACGUUCACUAGACGACAAUAAAAAAAAUCGCGAAUUGUUAAACGAUUUAUCUCCCUUGACUGUGACGUCAUUUGUGACACGUUUCUGCGUCACCCAAAAAAAUAUAAACAUACGUCUUUCAAAACGGUAUAGCGUGCUGUCAGCUGCCACUAACUGCAACAACAGCAGUAACCGCGGACAGAAGAUAAAUUUGUUUGCCCCCCCCCC